AUGAGUGGGUCCCCCCAAAACGCGGAGCUGCCGGCGUGGUCGCAGGCUGGAGGCGGGCCCGGGGCAGCACCGCCGCCGGCCGCCCCUCGCUCCGGGACCCGCCGCCCGCGGACGCUGAUCCCCCUGCUGGAGUCUCCCGGGGCCCUCAGCGAGUCCCUCUGGUUACCCUUCGGCCCACGUGGGUCUGGGCCACUCCACACCAGAACCUGGACGGGACCGCGCAGGGGGUCCCAGCGCCGGUGUCUGCCCAGACCUCGCACUACGACCUCCUCAGAGAGCCUCUGCCGCCCUAAAAGUGCCAACGGUGGUGCGUGCGCAGGACACAGACUGGGGCUCCGUUUGGCUGCCUGUUUAUGAAACAUUUCAGAAGCCAGAAGAAAAUACAUUGUUGAGAACGCAGCGAAAGCAGCUUUUCUUGAAAAAAAUGGACAGAAACAUCCUGAGGUAUCAGUGCUCAAUAUAUAUUCUGAUCAAGAGUGCAACAGAUCAGUCAUUACAAUAGCAGCUUCUCUUGCUGAGUUAGGCCUUGCUGAGAAUCUGGUCCAAAGUGUUCCUGGCUGCAGUGUGUUUCUCUUUGGUGAGGCUGACCUGCCUGAGAAGCGCACUCUUGUCCAGAGAAAGAAGCAACUGGGCUGGUUCACAAGGAGGGAUUUCAGUGUUCUUAAACCUGACCUGGGAGCUGCACCUGCCCGAAGAUGUGGUUUAACAGCUUGCUUCAGGGCGUUGUGA